UUCAAGAGAUACCAAGAGUACGAAAGAGUCCUCGGCGGGCGUGACGGAUUACAUGAUAAACGAUGAUAAGAUCUAUAGCGCUUCUUUCAUCCUGGAAAAGAAGGAGAGCCCGGUAAAUCCGUACAAUAGGGUCGAUUGGACGAAGAUGUGCACGAAAUGGACAUCCUCGGAAACUGAAACCGAGAUCUGCAUGGUUAACAGCCUGCCACAACUUGAUUGCAACUCGUUCCCGAAAUCGUACAUGGACACGUGCUCGUGCUGCCCCCGGGACAUAUUCGAUAUUAACUUGGACGUCAUGGGCGAGAGCUACAGGAGCGCCGUGGUUGGCAAAGACGAGGACUGUUGUAAAGUUAAGUGGGAGAAAAAGGAACGCUAUCGGAAAAUUAAAACGAAAGUCGUUAAAGCCAUCAAGAGACACAAAAUAUUUUUGAUACGGGGCGAAUUACCGAAAUUGAAGGAAGCUCUGGAGAAGAGAGGUUGGGUGCAAAAAUACGAGGCAACAAAAACGAGAAAUUUACCUUACGGCAGCGUGGCAAGCUUGGAGGCUAAAUCAUUGGGCGAUCUAACCCAGCCGGACGGCUCUUUGAACGAGAGGGCGAUAAUUUUCGCUCUGCUACGUCACAAAUCGCCAGACUUUAUAUGGGACUGCCGGAACGACUUCGUCGAUUGGCAUCGCGGCCUAAGCAGCACCACGGUCCUCAACAGAUAUCAAAAGCCUUCCGUCUACACAUCCAAGCUAGGAAUGGCUCGUUUGCUGGAGGACGCUCACUGGUUGUACGAGAAGGACGUGUCCUCGGUCCUCUUCCCAAGGAGUUACAACCUGAGCAGGGAGCCGAAAAUAUUCCUCGAGGAUUUCCGGCUGACAGCCGCUGCGGGCCUGCUUAAGUGGUUCGUCGAGAAGGUGCAGGGCUGCUGCGAGCAGAGUUGCUGCAACAUGUGCGACCACCUCAUCAACCGGCUCGAGUUCGCGAUGAAGCGUUGCGAGGAGUUCAUCGCGUGCGAGAAUCACCAGGACAUCGACGAGGAUAUCGUCACCGAGUUCACGGAGGAGGAGUGGAACUCCUUUCUCGAGGAUUACAUGGCGGCUGUGCACGAGGGCGCUGGGAUCGAGACCACCGACAAGUAUCAGGAUCAGAUACAAAAAUACGUGGACAUGGCGAAUUCGAUAUUGGCGAAAUUGAAAGAUGUCGACCCGCAAUACGAGCUGAACGGGAUGAGGAACAUGUGGAUUUUGAAACCGAGCGAACUUUGUUGCGGUACCGGGAUCAGCAUAUCUCACAACUUGAAGGAUAUAUUCCGCAAGAUAAAAAGUCGGCCCAAGGAUUACUUCAUCGUUCAGAAGUAUAUCGAACAUCCUCUGCUGGUCCACGAUACGAAAUUUGAUAUAAGACAGUGGUUCCUGGUCACCAACACAUUUCCACUCACCAUAUGGAUAUUCAAGGAGGGGCUCCUUCGAUUCAGCUCGAAACCCUACACUUUCUCCACCUAUCACGAGGCGAUUCAUAUCUGCAAUACCGCAAUUCAGGAGAAGUACGACGAGGAGAGGAGAAGGCGAAGGAAACGUGGAGGAAAUCAGGAGGAAGUCGUAAAAACGAUUCGUGAUCAAGGAUGGGACUGCGAGAAGCUGAACGAAUAUUUAAAGCAAAACUUAGGGCUUAGCGGGGAGCCGUAUUACGAAAAUAUAUAUCCAAAAAUGUCGGAGGCGAUAAUUCUCACGAUGCUGGCCUCCCAAGAGCAUAUGGACAGGCGGAGGUGCAGCUUCGAGCUGUACGGAGCCGAUUUUAUGGUGAUGGAGGAUCUCUCGGUCUGGUUAAUCGAGAUCAACACGAAUCCCCGGAUGCACCCGCCCAGCUCGAGAAAUACGAAACGCCUCUAUUCCAAUGUUCUCGAAAGCUUGGUGAAAGUGGUGAUGGACGUGCCAUUGAAUCCAGAAGCGGACACGGGCGGUUUCAGCCUGAUCUACAAACAAAAUAUACCCGAUUUCCGACCCUAUCUCGGCCCCUGCCUCUUCGUGUUCGGCAAAUCGAUAACGCUGGUCGAGCAUCCGCGGAAACGAGAUAAGAAAAAGAAGAACGGCUGGGCGAAGUCGCAACAACAACAGCAAACGCAGCAGCAACGCGCGUGGACCGCCCCCCCGAUGAUUCCACGCCUAAGGGAGCCGAAAAUAGUCGAUUUUAUCGACUAUUUGAACACGGCUCGGUGUACAGCGGCCAACUGAUAUUCCCGUCGUUACCGCCGAUGCGUUCGGCCGAUCGUUUAUCCGGCCACGAGAAAUCGCCUUUUCCAACUUUAAGCGAAUAAAGGGGACGGUGAACUCUGCAACCUCGAUACGGGGAAACAGUCGUUUUAAAGUCGGGACGACCCAGUUUUUCGCGGGGAAGGUCGAACAUCGGAAACGGUUCUGGUUCAGGCGCACGCGUUCAACCUUUGUGCCCGACCGGUUGAAAGAGGAGGAGGAGGAGGAGGAGGAGGAGGAGGUGGAAUUCUCUCUUCCCGGAAGAAGGGAUCGCGUUCAACGCGUUAUAUUCUCAACUUGGCAAAUUUCGUCGUCGUUGGAGGAUAAGAAAUUUCUCGGUCGGUCGAGAGAGUAUAUAUAUAUAUAUAUAUCUCGUUGAACAACGAUUUUCUCUUCUGUUUUUAACCGGAUUUCGCGUGUACAUGCGGGGUAUGCGAGUUGUACCGUGCUCGUUAAUCGACGCACGAGAACACAACGAGAGAUAAAAGUAAUCGACGGUGUCGUUAGCCAUGUCGUCGCCAUGUCAUCGUUUCUUCGACUGAAAACGUGGUCGUGGGAGCUGAAAAGUAAAGUCCACUUUUUUUUCUUUUCUUUUUUUUUUUCUACCUCCGAUUUCUUCUUUCGUUCUAUUCUAGAUAGUGCGAUAGAAACGAAUUCUUUUUUAGUA